AUGGAGUUCGACGAGGCCGAUCUGGCCGACGAAUGUGAUGCGGACACCAACGACUACCAGCCGCUCGAAUUCAGCACCGACGUUUUGCGGCAUUCGAAAGUCAAGUUGACGUGGGACAACGAGGACCCGAUCCGGAAGAGAUACACGCGUCUGAAUACGCAGAAGUUGACGCAAGAAGAGCUGGACGAGCUAGAUUUUGGACGGUUUAUUGCGCCGGGUUCGAGCGAUGAGGAGCGGGGGUCUGAUGGGGAUCGAGCAGAGGAGGAGGAUGCGGAGGGUGGGACGAGGAGGAGGAAGGCCGGGGUCGGGAUGGGGGAUCUGCGGAAGAAGCUCGGCUUGGUGGCCGACGAGCCGGCCGAGAUCGACGACGGGGAGCUCGAGAUCUCGUUCAAGCCCGGCUUCGUCGACCGCCCUCUUCCGUCUGUUGCUGCUUCCGACCCGCCGCCGCCUAAGUCGAAGAACCAACGGAUCAAGGAGAAGUUGAAAGCCAAGCCGGAGUCCCCGGCAAAGCCCGAUGACCAACAUCAUGACCGGACGGCAAGAGGGAGCAAGAGUGAUCGGGAGAAGAGGGAGGCCGACGAGCUGGCACUCUUGAUGGUCGACGAUCUCCUGCCUCCUGUCACCGCUGCUCAUUCUGAUGAGCCCAAGAGUCUCGGCUCAGAUCGGCACUUCGACCUCUCAAAGAUCCUCAAACUCGAGAAACUCUCGGCCAAGAAGGCCAAGCUGUCCACCAAGACCCGACGCAAGCUCGUCGCGCAACUCGACGGAGAUCCGCCGGACCAGCUCGAUCGGUUCCAGGUCGAUGUCGACGAUCCUAGGUUCGGACCCGGGUUGGUCCGCGACCCCGAGCUCGCCAUCGAUCCUUCUAAUCCUCAGUUCAUCAAGUCCAAAAACAUGCUCGAGUUGUUGGAUUCUACCCGCGCCAAACGCGCCCGCCCUCUCACCCCACCAUCGCCAAGUAUGGAAGACAACAAGAACAACAAUGAUGGUGAUGGUGAGCGGUCGAUGGCUGGUGAGGAGAACAACAGAUCGGUCGAGCAGCUGCUUUCGCAUCUCAAGAAGCCCUCGCUUCAGACUUCCAAACGGGCCCGCAUCGGUUGA